UAUUUUUAGUCUGUGUUUUUCUAUUAUUUAAUCUGUGGACAUGUUAUCUGUAGACUGUAGAUUUUUGGUUGUCUAUGACUUGACUUUGUGUGUUUUUUGGUACGAUGUAAUGGAGGUUGGUUGGAAUGUAUUUUUGAUAUGUAACCGGUGUCUGGGAAAUAAAUCGAUUGGGCGAAUUUGGCUUUUCAUUUACACCAUCCCCACAUAAUUUGGGGGCUCGUCCGGGAUACGGGAUGGUGGAAUAAAGAAAAAACAGACGAAGACUAUGAUGCCGGUGAUUUAACCUGAUUAAGAAUUUACGAAUUACGAACGAAGACUAAGAUUUAAAGAAGCUUAUGAUUAUACGAUUACGACUUGAAGACUAUAAAACUUUUUAUUUACGUUAUUCAACAUGCCGCCGAAACGAGUAAAAGAUGAUGAUGAUUGUGGUGAACCAUCGCCGCGUAUUUCCUUCAAUGACUUAGAGAAAUCAAUGACGCCAUUUUCGGGUGAUGAUGCCUAUGGCAUCGAAACAUUCGUAAAAGAUUUUGAAGAUAUUUCCUCUUUAAUGCAAUGGGGCGAAAUAGAAAAACUCAUAUUUUCGAAGCGGCUUCUCGCGGGAACCGCCAAGCUAUUUUUACGUUCACUAAGUGGGACCACCACGUGGGAUACACUUAAGUCUGAGCUCCGUGAGGAAUUUGGUAAGAAGUUGAACAGUGCAACUGUUCACAAGAGACUUUCAACUCGCCGGAUGAAGAUGAAUGAGACUCAUCAGCAAUAUUUUUUACAUAUGAAGGAACUUGCAGUACUUGGGAAUGUUGAAGAUGAAGCCCUGAUGGAAUAUGUCAUCGACGGUAUUAAAGACAGAAGAUUCAAGGUGAAAAAUUGUUAUCUUAUAGUUCAGGAACAACAGAAACUUUAACUGGAAUAGCUGAAAAGGAAAUUUAUACAAAAGGAUCUUUCACAGCAAAAAUUGAAAUUGAUGAUUGUUAUUUUG